CUGACAAUGAAAAUGCUCAUCGAGGGCAAAAAUUAUACUCUUGUAAAAUUUGUGAUAAAAACUUAUCUUAUAACUGUAACUUUUUGAGACACAUGAAAACUCACACAGGAAUAAAACGUUUCACUUGUUCAGCCUGUGGGAAAAGUUGCAGUUACAGAAGGACUUUAACUAAGCACAUGAGAAUUCACACAGGUGAGAAGCCUUUCUCUUGUGGCAUUUGUGGAAAAAGUUUCAGCCGAAAAGACACUUUAAAUGGUCAUAAGACAAUUCACACAGGAGAGAAGCCUUUCUCUUGUGGGACUUGUGGUAAAAGUUUCACCCUUAAAACAACUUUAAAUCAGCAUUUGAGAAUUCACACAGGUGAGAAGCCUUUCUCAUGUGGGACCUGUGGAAAGAGUUUCUCUCAAAAAGUUCAAUUAAAUGUUCACAUGAGAAUUCACACAGGUGAGAAGCCUUUCUCUUGUGGGAGCUGUGGAAAGAGUUACAGUGACAGAAGGACUUUAACUGAGCACAUUGGAAUUCACACAGGAGAGAAGCCUUUCUCUUGUGGGACUUGUGGUAAAAGUUUCACCCUUAAAAGAACUUUAAAUGAUCAUUUGAGAAUUCACACAAGUGAGAAGCCUUUUUCUUGUGGGACCUGUGGAAGGAGUUUCUCUGAAAAAGGUAAUUUAAAUGUUCAUGUGAGAAUUCACACAGGUGAGAAGCCUUUCUCUUGUGGCAUUUGUGGAAAAAGUUUCAGCCGAAAAGACACUUUAAAUGUUCAUAAGAGAAUUCACACAGAAGAGAAGCCUUUUUCUUGUGGGAGCUGUGGAAAGAGUUUUCUCAAAAAGUUAAAUUAAAUGUUCACAUGAGAAUUCACACAGGUGAGAAGC